AAGAUUUUGAACUUCUUUUGCACGCAAACGAACUUAGUCACGCAAUUCGUAGUGUCCAGAUCCCUUGCGUUAUAAAAACAAAAAUAUCCUAUGGACUCGCUCCGAGUUGGUCAUGUCCCGGCGGGUCAAGAGGCGUUCAUUUGUCUCCAAUUCGCCUGCAAUUACUAAUAUCGUCUGUUUGAUCUGAAAUUUUGUACAGAUCAUCUGCAUAGAGAGAAGGAGACAUCUUAGUCGUGACGGAGAGUGUAUGAGGCGUGUUCAGUCAAGCUUUUUGACAAAACUGGUCUGGAAUAACCCCAUAGAAUAAAGAACGUUUCAAAGCGAGAAGGACUGAAACUUGAAUUCUCAUCGUUCACUUGAUCAGGAUCAUCAGGAUACAGAGGAUGUACGAUAAAAGAACAUUUGUGUUGUCUUCAACUUUGUUAACGUUCUUCUUUAUUCAAACACGAUCGACCUCAGUCAACUUUUUCCACCUUGGAUGUUUUCAAGACAAUCGUACACGAGCCAUGCCAGAAAUGCUUGGCAACUGGAGGUUUGAUAGCAAUGCUACUCAGAGAUGUGCGCAGGCCGCAAAGAGUGCUGGGUACUUAGUGUUUGGAGUGCAGUAUGGAGGGGAAUGCUGGUCAGGACCGCUGGCUCGUGUGACGUACAAAAAGUACGGAACUUCGACCAAAUGUGUAAGAGGAACUGGUGGGGGCUGGGCACAAGACGUGUACAGGAUUGUUAAUGCUUCACUGAUUGCUAACUACGAUGUGAAAAGAUGUUACGAGGUCGACAUCACAUUUCACUAUCAAAUCCAGGGAGGUCUCACAAGUAGCACCAUAAGUAACACCAAAAGAACGUUUAACGGUCUUUUUAACGCAAUUUCCAGCAUUCUCUCAACUAUCCCCGAGUGCAAAGAAGUUACAGUUUCCAGGAAAGAUAUAGACAACUCUCCCCCAGGAGUGAGAAAUGUUUUUUUUCGAAUACCACUGAUAUUUACAGCAUCUACAAGUGUGCCAGAUUAUGAAGUUUCCAAGAAGCUGUUUGACUGUAUCAGUACUCUAUCUAACUACAAGCAAUUUUUAGACUCAAAUACUCCAAAAAUAAAGCAAGGAGAUACGACUUACUCCACCUACAAUUUAUCCUCAAUAUCAAAUACGACAUCAUGCUGUGGUGGAGAUAUACCGCCGCCUUGCUGUGCUGCGGGCUCAAUACGGAUUAACAGCGCCAAGUGUGGCUGCUUGCCUGGGUUUAAAUUCGUUUCCGGUAGUCUAUGUGACCGUUGUCCAUCAGACACUUAUCAGAACAAGCAGGGUCAAAGGUCAUGCAAAAAAUGUCCAGCAAAGAAACAGACAUUUGGAAAAACAGGAAUGACAAGCGAGUCCAAUUGCUCAGACACAAAUCCAUUGCAGCUCAGUGACCAGGUCGUUUAUCUGCCUUAUGACAUCAAAUCUGAAACUCUCGUCACGAAUGUUACUGUCACGGGGCGCUUAGAGUCUUUGGUUCAACCGUUGUUGUUUUACAUGGAGAAUGUCACGCAACAACAGUUGUCACGCAGUGAGUCAAAACGGAAACGGCGCGACAUUGACGACUUUUGUGAAGGUGCUGGCACUGUUAAGCCAAUGAGUUAUUUCUGUGUUCACCGUCUGACCGGGGGAAUUGAAGUCACGGACGAUUUUCAGUUUAAAAAUGGUGACGACUUUGAUGUAAAAAUUCGCGUCACGGACAGCGAUCAGUGGGGAAAAACUGAAAACACUGCCAAGAUCAAGUUUAUUUCACGCGACAAUUGCAAAGAAAUUCGAGCUUUUUAUAAAGAUGCCUCCAAGGGAUGUCCAAAGAAUGCUUCUUCCGUCAAGGGACUUGACUCCUGCCCAAGUAAAGAGUGCUUACGGCCUUUAUUUGAUUGGCUAAAGCGGCUCAACUCAAGUGAGAUGUUGCAAAUGGAAUGUUCUUCUGAUCCUCAUAAUCUAGCAAAUUUGGCAAGGAUAUACUCAAAGUGUAUUGGUCCACCAGUUAUUACCGUGGCCCCAAACCCUCAGACUGUGAAAAGAGGCGCUAAAGUCAUUUUAAAAUGCAACGCUUCCAGUUCACUGCCUUUGACGGUCAUGUGGUUUAAGAACGGAAUGCCAAUUGGACAAUCGGGUAGCCAACUGAAGAUUGACAGUUUUCAGUAUGGUGAUCAAGGUGACUAUUACUGCCGCUUCUCGACGUAUUUGACUAGCAAACCCACUGCAUCAGCUUUAGUCACUAUGAAGGAUACUUUUACAUCAAGAGUAUCAUUUCGAAUCGUUAAUGAAAAGUUCAAGGAUGAUUUAUUGAAUCCAAGAAGCUCAAGCUAUUCAGACAUGCAGAUUACAAUUGAAAGAAAACUGCUAAACUACCUCAACAGUGGAAACCCUGGGUGGAAUUAUGUUGUCAAACUUGUAAAAUUCAGGGACUCGUUUAAUAAAGUGGGGGUCGACUUGGUGAUUUACAGCUCAGCUACAAAUGAAGAUAUCGUUCCUUACUACAGCAAACUAGAGGCGUUACUGGCUGAUAAGCGUACCAUGGAUAACAUACUGCAACCAUUGAAGGUCUCACGCAAUAGCGUGACGAUAAGGAGUGCUACUCACUGUCUGUCGAAAGAAACCGGCAAAAAAUCUAUUAUGGGGAUAUUUGAGUGGCAGUUAACUGUGAUUGGUGGAACUUCGUCCCCUGUAAGUUGCCCGUAUGGUCCGCCUGCGGCCAAUGCCACGCGCCCUUGUGGCGGAAACUUUACGACAGGUGGUAUGUGGAAGAGCCCGGAUGUGAGCUUCUGCAAAUUCAAAUCUGAAAGAACAAAUAAACUUAACAAUAUCGCAAAGACAAAAGUGAACAAACAGAACGCAGCCAAAGUAACUAAAGAAGUGAAAGUUCUUACGUCGGAUCCAGAUGACAUGAACGAAGCUGACGCGGUGCUGAUAGCUGACGUCAUAGACAGUGUUGUGUUACUGGAUGAUUCGUUAAAUGAGACCGCCCAAGACGUUGUAGAUGUUGUCGACAAUGUGAUGAAGAUGAAAAAGAAAGAUUUACAAGAGAGUCAACGAACCAGUAAAUCUUCUUCCAAGUUUAUUCGGGCGUUGGAUAAAGUGGCCCGAAAUCUUCCACUCUCAGAGGGCAAAAACUCUCGGCGUCUUAUCGCUCCAAGCGUUGCUAUCCAAUCAAAUCGUGUGGACCCAGGCUCUUUUACAGGCAUGUCUCUUGCUGUCAAACCACCCACUGCUGACCCGAACAAACUGACUUCGGACAACAUGGUUAAUGAUGAACUUCCGAUGGCAGACGUCCAAACGUCAAUUACGUUACCGGAAGUGAUUUUUGAGAAUAAGGCUCCUUCCGGUAAAGCAGUAAAGAUCGGUUUUGUGAUUUACCAGAAUGACAAGUUUUUCCAACCGGUUUUGCCGGUUGAUGAAGAAAGUGGACAGGAGAAUUCUUCAAUUGUGAGUCGAGUUAUUUCAAGUAGCGUGAAGGAUAUGACCAUUGAAAACCUUACCAAACCAGUUGAAUUGGUUUUUGAGCCUGCAGUCGAAGUGGACACAACCAACGGAGAGUCUGUAUGUGCAUUUUGGGACUUUGAUGCCAUGGGGGGACUGGGCAACUGGUCAGAUCGAGGAUGCAGACAAGUAAAGAUCGAAGCAGGCCGGAUAUUGUGUCACUGUGAUCACAUGACUAACUUUGCAGUCCUAUUCUCUGCUGGUGGUCCAAAGAAGCACGCUGAGGAACACGCCAAGGCCUUGUCAAUCAUCUCUUACAUAGGUUGUGCAAUUUCAUUGGUCGGACUUACCCUCACAUUGGUGACGUAUUCGAUGUUCAGGAAUUUACGUAAAACCAACCAACAGCCAAUCCUGAUGAGUUUGUGUGUGUCACUCAUGCUACUUCUGAUCGUGUUCAUCGCGGGCGCAGCGCAAACAGAGAAUCUAUUGGGUUGUCGUAUUGUAGCAAUUCUUCUCCACUAUUUCGCUCUGGCGACCGUGAUGUGGAUGGGUGUGGAGGGAUAUAACAUGUACAUGUCCUUUGUUCAAGUGAUGGGCACUUAUCAGUCCAAAUUCAUGCUUAAGGCGUCCGCGGUGGCCUGGGGCGUGCCUGCUAUUACAGUGCUUAUCACAUUGUCCGCUGCAACAAGUUACUAUGGCAACAAAGAUGUUUGUGUACUUUUUGGUGUGCCCUUCCAAGCUGCUCAGUUUGCUCCUAUUCUUCUCGUAAUCCUCAUCAACUUCGUAGUUUUUAUUCUGGCCAUUCGUGCUCUUAAGCAUUCUGGUGCUCUGGUCUCUGCGGAGAAAAAAUCUACAUCCUACCGAAGAGCACGCACCUCCAUCGCAAUUUUGCUUCUAUUGGGAUUGACCUGGGGCUUUGGAGCCUUGGCUGUUUCAAGUGCACAGCUGAUCUUUGACUAUCUUUUUUGCAUAUUUAACUCACUUCAAGGAUUUUUGAUUUUCUACUUUCACUGUUUACGGCACCAAGAGGUACGUAGUCAAUGGAAGUGGUUCUUGCUUGGUAAAGGAUUGAAUUUCCGGCCUACGGAGACCGAUUCUCAAACGGGAUACCCUAGGUCGAAUACGCAGGGAAAGAAUGCUGUUUAUACACCAUCUUCGUCGUUGAUGAUGGAUAAACCACCACGAAAAGAGACAGUUACUUUUGUUGCUGCUGAAUCUCCGCCGUCGUUGGGUUCACGUCCUGAUGUAGUCCCAGAUCAAGUUUGAGUGCGCACACUUAGUCAGAGGAACUUUGAAUUAAAUGAAUUUCUACUAACAAGGACAGUUCGAAGGAUCUUUUCCAUAGAGUACCUUGCCAGAGGAAAGUUAGCCCAUGACAGGUUUUCUGUCAGUUGGAACAAACGAAAAAGUGGGCGCACAGAAAAUGGCGAAGGUCAGGCAAAAAAAAAAAAAAAGCCGUCGGACUGGGGCUCCGUCGCGGGAUGUCAUUACCGGCCAAUGUCCCAGCCGGGUACAACAGGGUUCAUGUACCUCUUAAUUCCCAAUGGAUGCGAAAGACUUAAUUGGAAGAAAAAUAAUGUCUUAGUUUUUACCCGUCAUAAAAACGACUAAAAAUGAAAGCGUAGCCGCUA